AUGGCUGCUUCAAAUGAAAAGUGGAUUGACAGUUUGCAGUUCUCCUCAUUGUUUUAUCCACCUCCACAAGAUGUAGCACAACGCAAGGCUCAAAUUACUGCCUAUGUCGAGUACUUUGGUCAGUUCACCUCAGAACAAUUUCCUGAUGAUAUAGCAGAGCUGAUCCGAAGUCGGUAUCCAUCAAAGGAGAACAGGCUUUUCGACGAUGUUCUUGCAACUUUUGUUCUUCAUCAUCCUGAGCAUGGCCAUGCUGUUAUCCUCCCAAUUAUUUCGUGUAUUAUUGACGGUACAAUUGAAUACGAUAGGAAUGGCCCCCCAUUUGCUUCUUUCAUUUCCCUUGUUUGCCCCAACAUCGAGGACGAGUAUUCUGAGCAGUGGGCUCUUGCUUGUGGAGAAAUAUUACGAAUUCUGACUCACUACAACAGACCAAUCUACAAGUUGGAACGCCAGGAAAAUGAAGCAUAUAGAAGCAGCAGCGGGGACCACGCUUCCACUAGUAAGUCAGCAGACGAUAAACCUCCGUCUAAUCCCUCGCAGCCAGAGAGGAAACCUAUGAGGCUGUUGUCUCCCUGGAUUACUGAUAUAUUACUUGCAGCACCUCUUGGUGUUAGAAGUGAUUAUUUUCGAUGGUGUGGAGGUGUCAUGGGAAAAUACGCAGCUGGAGAACUGAAACCACCUUUGAUUGCUUCUUCUCGUGGAUCUGGAAAGCAUCCCCAACUUAUGCCAGCAACUCCGAGGUGGGCUGUUGCUAAUGGUGCGGGAGUUAUACUUAGUGUGUGCGAUGAGGAAGUAACUCGAUAUGAAACUGCUACAUUAACGGCAGCUGCUGUGCCUGCACUUCUUCUUCCGCCCCCGACUACACCCAUGGAUGAGCAUCUAGUGGCUGGUCUGCCAGCGCUCGAGCCCUAUGCACGCCUUUUUCAUAGGUAUUAUGCAAUUGCUAGUCCGAGUGCCACGCAAAGGCUGCUUUUAGGACUGCUAGAAGCUCCACCUUCGUGGGCUCCAGAUGCUCUUGAUGCGGCUGUACAGUUAGUGGAACUCCUUCGAGCAGCAGAGGACUAUGCCACAGGCAUGAGGCUUCCUAGGAACUGGAUGCACUUGCAUUUCUUGCGAGCGAUCGGGAUCGCGAUGUCUAUGCGAGCUGGAAUUGCAGCAGAUGCAGCUGCCGCUUUGCUUUUCCGUAUACUUUCUCAACCGGCUUUACUUUUCCCUCCUCUGAGACAAGUAGACGGUAUUGAAGUCCAACGUGAACCUCUGGGUGGCUACAUUUCAUCUGAUAGAAAGCAGCAAAGAGAAUUACCUGCAGCGGAAGCUACAGUAGAAGCAACUGCCCAAGGCAUCGCAUCUAUGCUUUGCGCACACGGCCCAGAGGUCGAAUGGAGAAUAUGCACAAUAUGGGAAGCUGCGUAUGGCCUGAUCCCUUUAAGCUCGUCGGCCGUUGACCUUCCUGAUAUCGUAGUCGCCACACCCUUGCAACCUCCCUUGCUUUCUUGGAACUUAUAUAUACCUCUACUCAAAGUACUCGAAUACCUUCCCCGUGGUGGCCCAUCUGAGACCUGCCUUGUGAAGAUAUUUGUUGCCACAGUCGAGGCCAUCCUGCAGAGGACCUUUCCGCCAGAGUCUUCCAGGGAACAAAUUCGAAAAACUCGGUACACUUUUGGACCCGCAUCAAAGAAUCUUGCCGUGGCCGAGCUUCGCGCUAUGGUCCACUCGCUGUUCCUGGAGUCAUGUGCCUCGGUUGAGCUGGCAUCUAGGCUUCUUUUUGUCGUGUUGACCGUGUGUGUUAGUCACGAAGCACAGUUCAUUGGGAGCAAGCGCCCGAAGGGUGAUAAUUCACAUUCUGAAGAGUUGAAUGAUGAGGUCCAAAGUGUCAACGGGAAGAAAAGGGAACUAGACAACAAACAAAAUAAGAAGCAUGGGCCUGUGGCAGCAUUCGAUUCUUAUGUAAUUGCUGCUGUUUGUGCUCUGGCAUGUGAGCUUCAGCUCUUCCCCUUGAUUUCGAAAGGGGGACAUUUGACCAAUUCAUCAAAAGCAAUUGACCUCCCAGGUGAGCUUCAGAGCAGCGUAGAUUCUGCUGUGAACCACACCCGCCGGAUUCUGGCAAUUUUAGAGGCACUUUUUUCAUUGAAGCCAUCUUCCAUCGGCACAUCUUGGAGUUACAGCUCGAAUGAGAUAGUGGCGGCCGCUAUGGUGGCGGCCCAUGUUUCUGAUUUGUUCAGGCACUCAAAAGCUUGCAUGCGUUCACUUUCCAUCCUUAUAAAGUGCAAGUGGGACGGUGAGAUCCACUCUAGGGCAUUGUCUCUCUUCAACCUAAUUGAUAUCCACAGAAAAGUCGUCGCUUCCAUUGUGAACAAAGCCGAGCCACUUGGGGCCCACGUGCUGCAUGCGCCACCAUCCAAGGAAAUACCUUUGUGUUUUCAUGGGAAAAAUUUUGAUGCUUGCACCAGCUGUCGACACGUGGAAGCGGCCCAGCCAUCUUCAUCAGCAUGCAACUCUAGUUGUGGGGCGUUGGUUAAUUAUGGGAAGGCUGAACCUGGGGAAGUUGAAAGAUGUGGUACUGGAAAAGGAAUCUCUAGUUUCCCUGUAGAUGCUUCAGAUUUGGCCAACUUCUUGACAAUGGAUAGGCAUAUUGGGUUCAACUGCAGUGCGCAAGUUCUUCUGAGGUCUGUCCUUGCAGAGAAACAAGAGUUGUGUUUUUCUGUUGUGUCGUUGCUCUGGCACAAAUUGAUAAUAUCACCUGAAACCCAACCGAUUGCCGAGAGCACAUCCGCACAGCAAGGAUGGAGACAGGUCGUUGCCGCUCUCUGCAAUGUAGUAUCUGCAUCACCAGCAAAAGCUGCAACAGCAGUGGUCCUUCAGGCCGAGAGGGAACUGAAACCUUGGAUUGCUAAAGAUGAUGAGCUCGGGCAGAAGAUGUGGAGAGUCAACCAGAGGAUCGUGAAAGUCAUAGUCGAGUUAAUGAGAAAUCACGAGGCCCCAGAGUCAUUGGUAGUCCUUGCUAGUGCAUCAGAUGUCCUCCUUCGUGCGACAGAUGGAAUGCUUGUGGAUGGAGAAGCUUGCACAUUACCACAGCUUGAGCUGCUGGAAGUGACAGCCAGAGCUGUUCAGCCAGUGCUUGAAUGGGGAGAAUCUGGGUUGCCAGUUGCUGAUGGCCUUUCGAACCUGUUGAAGUGCCGGCUCCCUGCCACUGUACGUUGCGUGUCUCACCCGAGCGCUCAUGUGCGUGCUCUCAGCAGCUCAGUACUUCGUGCUAUACUGCAAACGGGCCCCAUAAAAUCGAAAGGCAAUCAAGUAGAACCCAACAGUCCAUGUUAUCAUUACCCAAAUGUGGGCACCACCAAUUGGCAAGCUGAUGUUGAGAAGUGUUUGAUUUGGGAAGCUCACAGCAGACGUGCAACCGGCCUACCCACUCACUUUGUUGAUGCUGCUGCCAAGGAAUUAGGCUGUACCAUUACCAUAUCCACUUAG